AUGUCACUAGAUAUCUCACGAUUCCUCCCAAAAGAAAUUAACGCACCCCCUACACCACUUGUGGCUCAUGGUUGCUUUAUACACGGGUCACGAUCUUGCGGAAAGACAUCGUUUGCAUUCCAAGCAGUUAUCAAUACGGUAGUAGGCGAAAAGGAACGUGUGAUUAUCCUUUGUCAGGAGCAUGUGCUCUAUGAAAAAAUGCCGAAACCCUUUACACCACUUGAAGAGUUAAACGAAGAUGCGCUCACUCGUAUUGAAUUUGCUUAUUUGUCUAGCAUGGCGGAAGUUGUGAGAGAGUUGAGUAGUUGGACGGUGGGCAGCAGUCUGCCAGCGUUAGUUGUUGUUGAUGAUGAGGCAUUUUUGGAUGCGGGUGACGAGCGGCUCACCGCUGUAAUGCUGUCGAUGUUGGAAAAUGUUUCGGCAUGGGCGAAGCAAAUCAAUGGCGUGUUUCAUUACAUUGUGGUUACUAACAGCUACCCUGAUCGGGGGUUACGAGAGAAACUUCCAUUCGCCACCUUCCCGCUCAUUUGGUUUACAUUUGGUUCCGUUGGAUCGGUGCAGGUGGCAGUUGCGGGUACAAGUCAAGUUUCCACUCACCCGCUAAUGUUGGAGUGGCGUGACAGUCUCACUGUGCGAUCGUUGUGGAGUUUGUAG